AUGCGGCAACAGCAAAAGGUGGCGCAGUUGGCGAAACAAGUUUUACGCUCGAAUCAGUUAGCUCCAUGGGAUUACUCGAGGGUUCGCAUUCGACAAGGAUUUGUAGUAGGGGCCACUUUGGACAGACCAACCACCAAGGGAAAAUUCUUCAGCUUUUUCGGAAUACCCUACACGGAAUCCCCAACCGGAUCGCUAAGGUUCAAACCAACUAGAAAUUUGCCAAAAUGGCGAAACGACCGCGACUGCUCCAAAUUCGCCUCCCACAACUUCUCAGGCGAAGAUUGCCUCACCCUGGACAUACAUUCGCCGAACACCAGGCCGAGACAUUUGCAACCAGUAGCCAUAUUCCUGCACGGAGGCGAUUACCUCAACGGCGAAGGGUUUGUGGCACCAGGAGGACCUGAUUAUUUGAUGGAAAAGGGCCUGGUUGUCGUGGAACCGCGUUGGCGACGUGGGGUUCUGGGAUACAUGUCGCUGGCUAAUACUGAUUAUUCAGGAAAUAUGGGUGCCAAAGAUUUGCUGAGUGUCCUGCAUUGGGUUCGUGAGAAUGCGGCAAGUUUUGGCGGUAAUCCUAAGUGUGUCACUAUUUUUGGGUGUGGAAGUGAAGGCGCUGCCCUUGCACAUGCUUUGGUUUUGGCGCCCUUGGCAAGAGGACUUGUGCACAGGGUUGCAUUGAUGGGUGGUUCUUUGGACAGCAGGCCGAUUAUGAAGGAUCCCCGAUCGAUGGCUAUACGUUUGGCACGAGCUUUAGGUUUGGAGUCAUCGGAUAUGAGAGACGUUGCCAGAAUUUUACGAAAUGCAACUUAUGAGAGCAUGCAAGGAGCAAUCGAAGCAAUAAGGGACAAAGACUUGAGAGAUACUAAUCCGCUACGCCCCGAACCACCAACACCAAACAACCCCAAACCCUUUACUUCUAAAAUACAAUCACCACCAACCACCAACCCCAACCCCAUUAUCAAUCGACCAAGACCAAUUUACCCCAUCGAUUAUACACCUCCGGCGAAUAAUUCGGAGCCGAUUUCAGAUUGGGCGAUAGGAAUAAUCAGCAUAAUUUUCCUGCUGAUUAUAAUGAGCCUGCUGGCGAUGUCUGUGACGAUGCCUAUUUCUAUCAACACUGUAAAUACCGGUCCUCAGGAAGUUCCAGCAAUAAUUGGAGGGAUUGGUGACACUUUUGCGAUAGAAGUCGAGGAUGAUGAGAAGAAGAUUUGUGGGAAGAGUUUGAAGGGAUCUGCUAUGUCUAUCGAGGCGCUUGUUACAGAUGUUAUAAGGGUUUGA